AUGUCAGCCCACGUCGAGGUCAUCGCCACCGACCUUCGAAGAACCAAGAUCAAGGUUUCUCAGGGAACCUACCUUGUGGACGUGCUCCGGGAAGCUUGCCAAAAGCUGAAUCUGUCCAGUGACAAGUACCUCCUUAAGCACAAGCAGAAGCAAAUCGAUCUCUCGGGGCCCUUCCGAACCUCAGGCCUCAGCCCUGGAGCCAAGCUCGAGCUUGUUGCCAAGUCAAGCAGCCCCUCAGUCAUCAAUGUCGCCAUACAGUUUACCGGCCGCGAUGCGGCGAUGAUCCCUAAUGGGCGGCUUACCGCAAAAUUCCCGAGCGACUUCACGAUAUGGAAGGUGCUCCGGCAGUUCGAGAGCGGGACUGCAAGUGGAGGCCACAAUCUGAACAUCACCGCAAGAGGCACCGCGCAGAGCGAUAAUGGCGCGCAGAGCGGCAGCGGCCAGCUGUACUACGAAUCACCAGUCCUGAACAUCAUGGGCCGGGAGCUGUCCUCCCUCGAGGACUUCCAAAAGACCUUGUCACAAUGCGGCAUCAACUCUGGCUCCGUUCUCAUUCGAGUGUCGUUUCGGGCAACAGGGAAGACAUUAUACGAGGCCAUGCAAGAUACCAGUCAGUACCUGAGCGUCGUCGAGCCGGAAGGCGGGAAGGAGGACACUGCACCGAAACAAGCUUCGGACGAGACCAUGGGAGAACCUGUGGCAGUGGCGGGCCCAGAUUCAGCUUCAAAUGCAGCGCCCCAGACAACAGGACCUACACCACAGACGGAACAAAACACGGGACACCCAGAACCUAUCCCAGCACGACAGCCGGUUGAACAGGAUACAAGUACAGCAGGAGCAGCAGCAUCUGCAGGGCACCACAACACAGCCACCGACAGCUCUGCAUCACCAGCCAACGCCGACGCCGACGCCGACGCCCUCCAGCCAGUAAGCGUCUUCUCGGCCCCGACAGGUAACACCAUAGCAGCGGCCCUGAUCGACGAGCCGGACUCGGACUUCGCCCCGACGAUCGCGCACGCGCAGCUGCACCAGGCGCGCCUCCUCGCGGGGACCCAGAACAAGCGCCUCAAGUCGGACAAGGAGCUCGAGGCCGCCGCGGCCGCCGAGGCGGCGCGCCUGGCGGCCGUCAAGUCCGUCGCCGUCCGCGUGCGCUUCCCCGACGGCACCUCGGCGCAGUGGCGCUUCGGCCCCGACGCCACGGGCGCGACGCUCUUCCGCGCCGUGCGCGGCGUCAUGGCCGAGCCCGCGCAGCCGUUCAGGCUCGUCCUGCCCCACGGAACCGCGGCCGGGGUCGGGGUCGGGGUCGUCCGCGACGCCGGGCAGGCGGGCGACACGCUCGUGCGCGGCCACGGGCUCCGCGGCGGCGUGCUGGUCAGCCUUGUCUGGGGCGAGGGCGCUUCCGCGGGGGCGCGGGAGAGGCCUUUCCUCAGGGACGCGGUGGCGAGCCUGGCACGCGACGUCGUCGUACCGGAGGUGCCGCAUGUGGAGGAGGACGACGACGAGGAUGCGGGAGGGUCGGCGAAACGGGUCGCCGCGGGCAGGAAUCAGAAUGGGGAGCGGAGCGGGGAGGGCAUCGGGAAGAAGUUGCCCAAGUGGUUGAAGCUGCCGGGGAAGAAAUGA